GUCUUGUGUGAGAGACGCACUCACUGUCAGCACCCCCGACGAGCUCCGCAGCGGCAGAUCGGCACGCCCGCAGCCGAGUGCACGAACAGCACGCAUCACACCGCACCCCUCGACAUGGCCGCCCCGCGCGUGGUGCCGGCGCAGCUGAGCUUCCUCGCCAUCUACAGCCCCGCGCUGGGCGACUCGGACGCGACCUUCCACGAGCAGAUUGUCUUCUACUACGCAAAGGCGGCCGCGGCGCGCGCCGGCCUCAGCAGCGCCCAUGCGGAGACGGCCCGCCAGCUGCGCGACGAGGAGAACGAGAAGCUGCGGCAGGUCGGGCUGGCGCAGGGCAUGGUCGGCUUUGCCCGCGCCUUUGCCCGCGGCGAGACGGUCGACGCCAUCGACACGGACAAGGCGCGCAUUGUGCUGCACGAGCUGGAGCCCGGCUGGUGGAUCCUGGCUUCCGUCGACCUCACGCAGCUGCCCGCCGCCGCCGACCCGGCCGCCGUCGAGUACUCGAGCCGCGAGGUCAGCCCCGCCGCGCUGCUCGUGCAGCAGCUGGUGCGCGCCCACGGCCUCUUCACCCUGCACCACGGCUGGCCGCUGCAGCAGCUGUUCGAGAAGCACCCGCGCGACAAGUUCUGCAGCAUCCUGCGCACCUACUGGGGCCGCUUCUGCGCCCACUGGGACGUGCUGCUGCACGCCAGCCCCGCCGUCGACAUGUUCAACGGCCUGAAGCUGGCUGCCGGUGGCGAGCUGGGCAUGGGCGUCGGUGAGGAGGAGUGGGGCAGCAGCGAGCGCGACGUGCUCGAGGACUUUGCCCGCCGCACCGAGGGCCUGGUCGAUGUGCUGGUGUCGCGCUUCGGCACCGCGUCGCCGCUGCAGGACAGCAAGGGUGCAGCACUGUCCGACGACGCUCCCGCCCAGCCGUGGAUCGGCAGCGGCGGCACUGUGGAGGCCACCGACGGCGUCGUCUUCUCGGGCGUCGGCGGGCUCAGUCGCGCCUCGCGCCGUGACGUGUCGCACUGGACCGAGUCCAUCUUCCACUACGGCGACCACGCGUACGGCAUCCGCGACAAUCCCACCUCGGGCCGCACGAAGCGCAGACGGCGCAACCCUGACGCGCGCGAGCCCGAUCCAGCGCCGAAGUCUCCUGCAGAGGAGUCCCUGUCCUCGCCUUCUGUGGAUAAGUCGCUGUCGUCCGCAGACAGGUCGAAGUCGUCCGCAGACAGGUCGAAGUCGUCCGCAGACAGGUCGAAGUCGCCCGCAGACAAGCCGCAGUCCCCCUCAGACACAUUGCCCCCCGCAGACACAUCCCCCACUGACAAGUCCCCGCCCAUCCCCCCGCCCAUCGUCAGGGCCGUCGAGAGCUCGCUGGACAAGGCGUCGCAGGCCGUUGACAACGCCAACGGCACCGAGCCCGCCGCGAAGCAUGACGGACACAUGCUGGCGUCGCUGGGCGACACCGAGACCUGGAUGAAGUACAUGACCCUGGGAUACGGCACCGCAUGGGGUGGCAAGAAGACCCCCGAACCCUCCCCCCAACCCGCCCCCCAACCCACCCCCGCAGACGCCACAAAACAGUCCGACGCCACAAAAGAGCCCCCAGCCAUGCGCUACGUCGAGCCGGCGCCUGACGUCGACCUCGUCGAGGCGAAGCGCAGGGCCCAGGUCCAGGCCGAGAACGACGGCUACUUCCUGAUCGGCCUGAAGGGCGACAUGAUCGCCGCCGACAUGGACGACGAGAACGACGAGGGCAACUGGAACGCCCGCAUCCCGCUGCGGACCAUCUACGUCGAGAAGGUCGUCAAGGGCUCGUCCGUCUCCGAGUCGGACGGCACCCAGAGCGACGAGGCGCGGUCCGGCACCGACUCGAAGCCCAAGGCCAAGCUUAGCAAGCAACGCCUGCAGCCUGUCAUCUACGUCCACCGCCCCUUCAUCUACACCUUCCUCUUCACCCACCGCACGCCCUCGCUGACCAUCGCCUCCUUCUACCGCUCCAUCCACGCCUUCUUCGCCCCGCUCCACCGCAGCCUCGACCGCAACACGUCCCCGACCCGCGUCGCCCAGCGCCUCCUCGCCGCCCAGCACCCCCAGACAACCACCUCCUCCUCUGCCGCCCACGGCCCAAACACCGCCCCCAUCUACGACCUCGUCUGGGACCCGCGCACCCUCACCCUGCACUCCAGCCUCCCCAACAUCCCCGCCCCCGGCUCCCUCCUCGCCGAGGGCCUCUCUCCGGACGCUGCCUGGUCGCGCCCCGACGCGCUCAACGUGCACGCCCACAUCCUGGCCUCGCUCGCCGACACGCGCCGCAACGCCGCCGCCGACAUCGAGCGCUCGUCUAAAACCGCGAGGGGCUGGUGGGUCGUCUGGAUGCGCGUCCCGCCCAGCACCCCCGCGCCCGGCGACCCCGACGAACGCGCCUCGCGCCCCUCGUCCGCCUCGACCGUCCGCGAGUCCCACGACAACUCGGCCGCCUCGGCCAACAGCACCGCCUUCAACACGGCCGAUGUGCGCGAGGCCUUUCUCGUGCGCCGCGCUCGCGAUGCCCAGCCCGCAGCCGCCCGCGAGGGCAAGCGCGGCGCCAGCGGCGUGUGGGGCAGCAUGGGCCUGGGCGGGCUCGGGGUCGGCCUGGGCAUUGGCGGCGAGUCGCAGAGUCAGCGGAUGGGCGGGCGGGCUGCGGGGUGGGGGCCUAAAGGGUUGGGGGAGGGGAUUGGCGUGGAUGCGCGGAGGUAUGUCGAUGAGGUUUUGAGUCUGAAUCGGUGAGUCUGAAUUGGACAUGAGAUGGAGGGGAGAGGAAGAAGAAGUGAGAUGAGGGAAGAGGAAGGGAGAUUGAGGGGAAGAAGAAGUGAUGAGAGGGUGUGUUGCGUAUUGAUACGGCGAAUAGUGCGGUCCAGUCCAGCGCUUCUUUGACGCGUAGUUUAGCGCUUUUGAGGUGAGUAGAGACGGCACUUGUUCAUUGGUAGAAGUGCAUAGAUACAUGGCAUUGGCGUGUCUUUAAGGAGUGUAGAUAUGCCUGGAUAGUCUAUAACAACCAUCCGUUCGAUGCAGUCCAAUUCAGUCCAAAUCGGUCCGUCCGAUGCAGUGCAGUCCAGUACAAUUCAGUCCAGUCCAACACA